AUGCAGUUGAUCAGCCUGAUGGCCGCCGUUGUCUUUGGCACCGCGGCCGUUGCUGCUGCCCCUGCCCCUGCCGCUGGCGCCGCUGGCGGCCUCCCUGGUCUCGAUGCCGUUCAAAGCGGCUACGCCAGGUCCAUCAUCGCCAAGGCAAAGACCGCUGGCGUCGGUCGACGUGGCUGCGCAGCCGCGAUUGCCACUGGUCUUGUCGAGUCUACGCUGAUGAUGUACGCGAACAGCGCGGUCCCGGAGUCGCUGAGGCACCAUCACGACCGCGUCGGCUCCGACCAUGACUCCAUCGGUCUCUUCCAGCAGCGUGCCUCUGUGUACAGGAACAUCGCCUGCGACAUGGACGCCGGCUGCUCUGCCGGCCAGUUCUUUGCUCGGAUCAAGGGCGUCAGUGGCUGGCACACCAUGGCCACGGGCACUUUGAGCCAGACGGUCCAGCAGUCAAGCUAUCCCGGUCGCUACGGUGCGCAGGCGCGAGCCGCUGCCGCCAUUUGCGCUGCUGGCGGCUUGUGA